GAGAGAAUUUAAAACAUUUAUUCGUUGGCGACUUCGUGAAUGAAAUUAAUAAAAAACAACAAAAAUGAAUAAAAGAAGCCGUGGUGGAAGGACGAGGCUAGAGCAAUACAAUAAAAUGAUCGACUUUUUUUUGGAAAACAAAGGUCUGGCGGAUGGGAAGUUUAGUACCAUUCACGGACAGAUCAAGGCUUCUCAGAAAUGGGCGGAGCUAGCAAAGUUACUUAAUAGCGUAAAUGGGGCAGAAAAAUCUGCAGCUCAAUGGCAGGUGGCUUGGCGUGAUUUGAAAAGUCGUACAUCGUUGAAGGCAAGACAAAGGAGAAAAGGAAUGGCUGCCACUGGAAACAUCAAAGCAACACUCACAGAACUGGAACAAAGAGUGUUGAGCUUACUAGGCAUGGAUUAUGUCAAAGGAAGCAGUCAAUGUUUUAAAAUUAUUCCCGAAGAUGAUAAUCUGCAAAUGGCUUUAGAAGAUGAGAAUACAGUGGUCUCAAAUGAGGCGGAAGUCCAGACUACAGAGCUCACCACACUAAAAAACGAUGUCGAUAUGCCCAACCCAAUGAGAGCAAAUAAGCGAAAUGCCGAACAUGAAAAUGCAGGAGACAAUUUCGCAAAAAUUGCAACGCAUCAGGCACAAACAAUGCUAAUGCAGGCUGAAGCCGCCAAAAUACAUGCCGAGUCCGCAAAAUUGCAGGCAGAGGCAAUGCUGCUACAAGCGCAAGCGUUUGAUCGAGUGGCAUCAUCUCUCGAAAAACUAACUAAUGAUAUACGCAUAUUUAUUAAAAAAUAAAUGAAACAAAAAGUGUAAUAAUA